AUCGCCUCUUUUAACCAGACUGUGAACCGUAUAACUAGUUCCUUGUGAAAUUAAUUCUGUCUAUCAUCGACUUUCCCUUCCUUUUCUGUUGUGAAUGAACAAUUCUGAAAACAUAACGUCAGGGAUUCGUAAAGUUUUGAGUAGUUUUUUUACACAUCACAUCAUCAGAAACCAUUCACAGUAAGAUUAUUGAUGCGUCACAUCACCCCACCUCCCAAUUCCGUUUUCUUCGAAAAGGGUGGUAAAAUCUGUGUUUUGAGUUUUUCUCACAAAACAAAAGGACAAUUUCCCGGCACGGUUCCUCGAUGUGUGAGGAGAGCGGACAGAUCUCUCUCGCUGUACACGUAUACGCAUACCUACCGUUUGGUGGAUUGUGUUCAUUCCUUCACGAAGCAACAGCCUGCGUAUGUUCGUGAGUUCGGCGUUUCGUAGUGUCACAGUUCGUCUCAGCCAGCCGUGCAGAGUGGGCGAAAGUGUGGCCAUUUCCGCCGCAGACGGAGCCAGUAGUGCAAACACGUUUUUGUAUCCCCCGAAGUAAACCAAGAACGCGAAUCGGAGUGGUGGUAUGCCAGUGGGAUAUUUAUUUUGACGCACCCAUACAGACGACUGAGUGCGGAGAGAGAAAGGAAAUACUUUUGGCGACAUCAAAACAAACCACGGCGCGAGCGAAAGGAAAGUCGUCAUCCUCGACGCGUAGCGAGAUUGUGUUGGUUGGCCUGAAAGGACAGCCUAUUAUGAGAAAGCAAGAAGAACGUUUCUUUUCCUAGUUGACGGUUUUGCGGGCUGUUUUUCUACGUGGCUGAGCUGUUGUAUAAUCAGUUUGAUAGUUGGAACCGGGAGUAUUUGGUCGGUUUAUCCUGUCUAUCCCGAAUGAGAACUCUCCAGUGGAAAUUGUGUGUGUGGAGCUAGUGGAAGAUAUUCAAUAGUUGGUAGACACAGUUUGUGAAAACAUCAGUGUAAAAUGUAUAUAUAUUGUGAAUGAAGGUGUGUCUUUUUCUCAAAUCGGUUUUAUCAGCUAAAGGCGAUUACAAUUCGUGAAACGUGUGGCGAGGAGUACACUUCGAGUACAGUUUCCUGUGGAACUGUUUGUACGCGUGGAAAUCCAAAAGAGCCUUGACAACAAUAUUAUGGAAUUAUGUUUGCCGAAAGGAGUUUCCUGAGCUGUUUAUAUAAUACCCUGAUUUUCAUGCACCUGUUAAAUGUAGCGUGUUCGUUCGGCGUAAUUUACGACGAGUACGUUGUCGACCAGGGUAAAAAUCUGACGCUGCAAUGUAAGUCACCUUAUUCGGUGAUGUGGGUUCACGAAGGACGUCGAGACGAUUUCCAGCAGUUUCAGAGUGACGGCUCGCUGCAUCUGUCCAAUCUGAAUGCUAAGGAUGCCGGUUUGUACACCUGUUCGGAGCUGGUUGCAACGAUCACCACAGUACAUCUUGCUGCGAGCGAGACGUUAGAUAGUUCCACCAACAAUACUACGACCAGCGAAGAAAGCCUCUUGGCAUAUAACUCCCGUAACGAAACACACAAUUCCACCAUUAGCGAGGAGGAUGAACAGCCACAGCUGCGCGGGACAUCUCCCGAGUCCGGCAGUGUACCUGAUCGUUAUGAGGAAAUCCGAAGGGUGAGGGUCAAGGUGCGGACACCCCCUCUGGCGGUAUCCAGCUUCUACGUGCGUGCAUCUACCAUCAUUGCCGUGCUUGUUUGGGAGGUGAUGCCUAACCGGACGGGAGGUUACGUGAUUCGUGAUUUUACCGCCGAAAUGCGUAGACUUCGCACGAGCGAAGAGGAACCCGAGGAGCGCUGGGAAGUGAUUGACCCGAGGCAUAUUACCCCGAAUGCGCGCCAGCUGGAGAUCUAUCACUUGAUUCCAAACACCACCUACGAGUUCCGGAUCUGGGCAAACAAUGCCCUUGGGGCGGGUGAAAUUGUGACUACCACGGCGACCACAUCACCCGAUAUGGAGGAAAAAGAUUUGAUUCGACGGAUUAUGAUCGACGCGCAGAACUUUGAUACUCGCGUUUGGAUCGCUGCCGUUGGCGUUGUCAUGGGUACGCUAGUCAUCCUUUCACUGGGGACCUGCAUUGUGCUGUACAAGGAGUGCCGCGAGCCAAUCGCUAAAGAUGAAGAACUCGACAGUCUGGAGCUGGUGCCAAAUAUCAUCCUCAAUCCUGGGUUUUGCGACUCGGAUGACCAGGGUCAGAAUCCUCUGUCACCGCCUAUGCCCCGGGCAUUCCCGCUACUGCCACUGAACAGUAACGGGCAACCACAGAUUCCAACGUUCCCUCGUCCCAGCUAUUACAACCACUCAUCGGCAUCGUACGGCAGCCGGUAUCACUACGAUAACGAUGAUAACGAUGACUACGAGGAGGAACCGAUGACCUUCAGUCGGCGCAUGUCAAUUUUCUUCACCGGAAACACGAUCAAACGAAUUUGAGUGAAGGUAUUCCCGGAGGAUUCCGCUAGGUUCUACUAGGAUGCGUUGGUAAACCAAGACACGGAACACUGGUGUUUUCCGUUUUCGUACGACACCGCCUGGAAUUUCCAGCAGCGGCGACAGUGAAGGAACACAACGACUUCUACCGAUGGUCCGCCGGGAGGAAUACAUACAGCGCUUUUGAGUGAUCAUUCUCUGAUAAGUUUGUUCUUGUUUUUUGGCGGCAGCACGCAAGAAAGCUUCCAACCCCCGUGUUAUAAGUCAUGCGACCGUUUUUCGCUGCUGUUAUCGUCUAACUCGCUAGAAAUAUGUGAAAUGAAAUGUGAUACAUCGGACUAGGACUUAGGAGAACUGUAAAUCGAUUGGUACAAUAAAAACAAUAUUCCGUAACACACAUUAGAGCCAACCUGUACACAAUGCACUGAUGAACAAGGUAAAAAGUAGAUUUUGUAAGGAAACGAAACAAACUGAAAAACAAAUUGAAUCACAGUUGUUAUACAAUGUAAAAAAAUAAUUCUAUCGAGCGAAUUCAGAGGAAUGAAAUGGGGUUACCUAACACACUCACCUGUUUACAAAACCAAGCAAAAAAAAAUCAUAUUAGAAGACUGUAGAAGUUGACACAUAAAAUGUUAAAUUUGGGCAACAGCCCGCUACUCUGUAGUUGAUAAGGAUGACUAGCUUAUAUUGAAGCCUUGUUGUGGAGUGAGUACGAACGAGAUAUGUUAAGAUAUUUAUGAGAGAAAGAUUGAAUUCACGAAAAAAAACCAUAAACAUCCACUAAGACGGGACGUUUCUGCAUCUUCCUCGCAAUGUGAUAUUUUUCCGCUGCUACAACUGUUGUGUUUAUUUUUUGGAGACAACGCAAAAUGAAUUGAGAUGCGGAGAAAGUUUUGUUUUAUUUUGGUAUCAUUACGUAGGCGCUGAUUCAAAUGAUGUUUGAGAUGGAAAUCAUUUUUGAUUAGCCUUUUAUAGAACUCAUUCCACGAAACCACAUGCGACACUGAUCAUCGAAAUGAUUCAUUGUUUUUGCCAAGCAAAAGUAUUAUAAAUAUUGACUGGAAAUAUAAAAUUUGCACGAAAUUAGCAAUCAGAAAGUAACUACAUGGUUUGAGAAAACUACUGCAUUUCAUUAUCAAAGAUAAAUAAUACAGUGAAAUCAAUUUCCAUUCGAACAAGAGGCAUUUCAACUGAUCCGACUACGGUAUGAAAGCUCGAUCAGUUUGGACACUCUGCUGGUCAAUUUCUGCGGACAUUUUAUUGGAUGAUCUCUGAUUGAGGUCUGUUUUAAUGUAAUCGACCCCAUUGUCACGGUGCCACUGAAGUACCUCCUGACUGUAGUGGCAGCUAGCCAAAUCUAGUCAAAACUUCACCGGACCUUUGUGGGCCUUAAUAAACGGAAGAAGUUUCUGCAGGCUCUCUUGCCUAUACAGUUUCGAGUCCAUUGUCUUGUUUGUGAACCUUAAUUUUCUGUCCACAGCUUUUCAGCUGCCCAGUCGAUAGCUUCCUGGCAAAUUUAUUAGCGAAAAUGAACUUAAAUUUUCUGGGAACAUCUUCUCUGGCAGUGUCUAAAGUGUCUAAAAUCCAUCAUCACGUACGUUUCGUUAUCCAUCAGAAUGCAUCCCUCGCACUCCGUCAAAACCUUAUUAAAACUGUUGAGCGCGUCUUUUGGCUACCAUAUUUUGUUUCAGUUUCGUGUUUGAUUGCUUGCAGGCACGGAAAUCACGAAAACCUUCUCGCAUACGGAUUUGCCGUCUGGUACUUUGGUUAGAGUUGUAUUUUUGGCGGUGCUGUAAUCCGAGAAUCCAGGGUUUGCUGAUAUCUUCAACCUCAGCUUCCGAUCGUAAUUUCCACUACAACUGAUCCAUCCAAACAAUAAUUGUACGUCCACGGAAUCGUUUCAGCACAUCAUACACGACCGAUCUAGCCACUGUAAUUAAUUUCGCGAUUUUAAAACAAAAACAAUUUCUUUUCGUGGUUUCCAUUCUGCACAACUUUUUUAAAGCAAACUGAAAUUUUCAAAUAACUCACUGUCAAAUGAUUUAAGAUACGCCUACUAUGACCGCCGCUAUAAAAUGAACAGUGAUUCCGGAUUCUGACUGAAUUAAAUCUUACUCAAAUCAAUAGACUAUUUCCCAUCCAAAACGAAAAAGCGAAUAUUCUUUUUUAUGGUAUUUAACCAUUUCCAAUCGUUGAAUAUCACGAUCCCGAUCUGCAACUAUUCUCCCAUUUACACGACCCGCGAGAAUCUUUAUGAACUCGCUUUGAAUUUCUUAAGAGAGAUAUGAUAUUUUCUUUGGUCCGCAAUGCUUUAACAUUAUCAAAUGCUUCGUAAGAAUUGGGAUUGGAAUAGUAGUUCUACUAACUCUGAAAAACAUAACCUAUGUGACGAAGAUUCAUCUUCCUUGUGUCUUCGGCAAGGAAGAUUUUCAUUAGCUAGGCACUACUUUAUAUCGUGUAAUCGAAACAACAAACAAAUCUCGCGUAACGUUUGAAAAGGUCCUAUGUAACAAAUGUAAACAAAUCGAGUUAAUGGAUGCACACUAUUAGUAGGCUGACCAAACCUACCGUUUUCAACGGGACAGAACCGUUUUUACGACCGAUUUUGAUUGUCCCGUCUUUUUAUCAAUUUGUACCGUAUUUUGAGUGUAUAGAAAAUUCUUAUUCCACUAUCAUUAUUUUCAAUCAUUUUAUUCAAAUGAACAUCUGAUGAAUGCAUUGGAGUUUACAUUGUAGUAUUCGCAGAGAUUUUACACAACUGUCUUCAACAUGCGAUCGCUAUAGAAAGCUUUGUUGUCUAAAUUAUAAAUAUCUUCAUAUUUACAAGAUUCGUGUAGAAAGAUUUUUUUGUGUUUUUGUCGGUGAACUUGAUGCUCAAUUGCUUGAGCAGAGUAACACACGAUUCUUUUCUCUUGAACCUUCUGUCGACGAGAUUCUUAGUAUUUUUGAAGAACUGCGUUCUUAUUUUCUCUCACAAGAAAAGUGUCCUGUUGUACUACGGGAUUUAACUGAAAACCGAUGCUUAUCCCUUUCACGCCCAAGGGAAAUAUUUUUCCCUUCUACAAAAAUCGAUAUCGGUUGUUCAAUUAUUAUUGAAUCGAUAUUUUUUUACUGAAUGUAAAAAUAGAACGUAUGUCCAAGGCAGCAAAUGUGUUUCUGAACGAAUAAAAAAAGAACUGUCAAACAUGGUCCGGUCUGACUUAACAAUGACCACAUAAUAAAUGUGUGCAACGUCCACCUGUGCUUCACAAGUAAACGAAAUUGUUCCGUAGAACACCAUAACUAACUAUUUAUUUUACUUUUCUGAUAAUUUUCAUUGUGUUUGUUGUAUUACAAAGCAAUAAAUAAAAUACCGAUAUAAUAAACCGAGCUCUUUUAUUUUUACGAGCUUUUUACUUUUAUGGUCCAUAGGGAAAAAUAUUUCCCAUGAAAUCAUAGGAAACCUAUACACCCUGCUAUGUUUUAUGGUGAUAUUCUCUUACUUUACACCCACAAUAGCUAACAUAUUGUGUUGUAUUGGCAUAUUUAGUCUUGGAUAUCUUAUGGUCCUGAAAAGGUUCAAACUAUGAUUGCUUUCAACCAGAGACAUUAGUUGGUGACCUUUCAAACAUGUAUUCGUUUUGUUGAAAGGUGCGAUGUAUCUGUCAUUGAUAUCGCCGUUAAUUUCGAUGAUUUCAUUAGAAUUCUUAUCAGUGUCAAAUCGUCUUCAACUCGAUUAUCCCCAAGGUUACCCUCAAACCAUGGUUUAAAGGCCUGUACAUCAGUCGGGACUUUAUUCGUAAUUUUUCCCGAUUUAUAUCCAAUCAAUGUCAAUGUUAUCAUGGAAUUGAGCAUGUUGUUUGGUCGUGCGAGGUGUAUCUUGUAGCCAGAUCAAAUUUAGAAAACUCUCUUCGGGUCCGAGAGAAACAACCCAUUGUGCCGGUGCAGGAUGUGUUGGUUAGUCCAAAUCUACCGUUUUUCUCGAGUUGACGUAAAUGUUACAUAGGACCUUUCCAGAAGUUACGCGAGAAAUCAAUAACAAAGCCAUCAGCGUUCGUUUGAAGGAGGCCUCGACAAAUGAUAGCUCAAAGAUUUUGGAUUGGAAUUCGAAUCACUUUGCACUUUGCACUGAUGGAAUAAAGUAGGUGGAAAUUUUCACUAAAACUAAUGCUUUAUUCUCGCGAUGUAACCGCUCUCUCCUCACCCCCCUGCCCCCCGUACACUACACCACUGGUUUCAAUGAGGAUAUGCAGAUUGUUGUAAAAAAAACUGAAUGAUUAAAAUUAAAAAGCAAUCGUCUAAAAAAAACGACCGUAAACCCGUCCGGCAUGAUUUGAAAAUAGCUAAAGAUCAAAACAAAACUUCUGUUGACAGUUGCUUACUCACUGUACAUUAUUAUUGUGUUUGUUUUCGGUCAGUUUAUUCAAAUUCUUAUAUUCCAGUCAAUAUACUUAGAUGCCACCCUUGUAAAAGCUCCGGAAAUCACGUGGUAACGUAUUGUUUUUAGUUAUUUCCUCCCAGUAUUCGAUGGAGUACAAUAGCCGCAUAAAACAUUAAAAGAAUCGAUUGCGCAUAGUAUUGUUAGUGUGCUAUAAAUAAAAUUAACUGCUAAAAGUAAUUGAACGCCUUUCGUGAAAACAAAAUAAAAAUAAAACAUCAGAGUGAGUAAAUCUUUACAAAAAAAAAGAAAGUAAAAGCCAUUUUUUAUAUUAAAAAAUGAUUGUAUAUUUAGUGGAUAUCUCAUAAAUUAACCAAGCGGUAGGAAAUACUAAGCGUAAAACAAUUGUUGAUCAUAACUGUAUCAAAAAGCUAAACAACCCCUAGCUGUGUGUAUAGGCCCGUAUGUUAUGACUAUUAGAUCGCGUUUAGACCUGCGAUACAUCGCGCGAUAUCAAGGUUUGUCCAGUUUUUUUUCUCGUGAGAAAGAGAGAGGGAGAAUGAUGUACUUUUCCAAACUCGUGUUUGUAAACAAACUGCGUAAACGUUCUGAUCGUGCGUUAUCUAUCCUAGUGUAAACGCGCCACUAUGAAGCGUUAAACCAAAACCCAUGAAAAUAUGAGGAAAAAAUCCGAGCCUGCUUAUAUCCAUUUCGUGUAAGCCUGAAUAUACAGAAUCUAAAAUCGGCCACAACAUUCCUCGUCGUGACAAACAACAAAAAAAAACUCACCGAUUUAUAACAAUAGUAAGACUCAAUUGUAAACACAGUAAUCACUACCUAAGCUAAAUACAAAGUUAAGCAAACACAAUUCAAACUUCAUAUCAGCAACUAUUAUAAUGAAUGCACGACGGGAAGAAAUGGAGAGACAUCCAUACAUCUAUUGAGCGAAUUCUAAGGGAACGAUUAGGUGGAGCUAAUAACGAUUUUGAGUUAAGAUAAAGAUUAGUCAACUACCAAAGGUCAAAGCUGUGUAAAGAUUUCAUAUCUUAUUUAGAAUUGCAAAAAACAGGACAGAACAUGUGAGUGAUGCCUAUGUUUGUAAGUAGGUAUAUUAUCAAUGAUAAACGCUGACGCAAAAAAAGGUUUAGAAACAACAUUGGCUCUCACUAUUUACGCUCCAGUACACAGUUUUUCUCUUCCCUAAUUUUCCAUCAAAUUGACACAUUAUUUAUUCACACAUAUUACAAAUUGGCACCCAAUCGAUACAACGACAUCUAUCGUGUGUGACGUGAUUCCAGACAAAAGGGGGUAAGCCGUGCAGGUAGCUUACAGUGUUCACGUUCGCACUCGAAAUAACUGAAUUUAUAUCUAGUAACGUUGUACUUUUUUUUCAUGUUCAAUACCCUGCGACUUUGCUUAUUCAUUCAAGUGCAAAUAUGAAAACUUUUUCGCAACAAUAGUAUGAAAUCGAUAAGUAUUACUUUCUGCAUGGUUUUUGUUUAUCUUGAACUUUUAUUUCAAACUCCUUUUCUGAUUCGAACACGGUUUAAUAUUUCUUAAGCAAACACGAAUUUCUAUAAAAGUUCAUAGAAUCACAAUCCCACAUAUCCACAGUAAACAAAAAAUCUCAAUAACCACGAACCCACACAUGAAAAGCAAGAAUGUUUUUUUUUAUUUUCUCUUCAAAGACUAAUUUGGAAACCAAAUGGAAUGCAUUGCAUGAUUGCGGCAAUCGAGCAGAUUUCAAAUUCCUCAAUUUUAUUCUCUAAAUUGAAUUUUAGCUAUGAAUUUGUACGUAAGUUACUAUGGCGAAGUCAGAGCAAUCAGUAUUCAGCUGAGCUUAUUGUUUUCGAUAUCAAUCAGCUAUUUAUUUUCUUUUCUCUUAAUCUUAUAAAAAAUCCCAUAUUGUGCUAAUGCAGUUGUUAAUAAUAUCUCGAUUUGUUCUUUCUUCAGGUCUUUCAGAAACGAACGAUUUCUUUUGAUCAAACCAUUUUCUAUCAACAAAAACGAAUCCCAUAGCAAAAGAUUCGAAGUAAAAGAGAAACUGAUAGCUUUAUCUGAGAUAAAACGAACAAUUAAUAAGUUUUUACUUUUCGAUCUCUAAUCCGGUGAUCCAAUAUUUAACUGGCGGGAACACAAAAAUACGUCGUAAGUUACAUUUGUAUAAGAUUUAUUCUAAACUAGUGACCUAAGAGCAUUUUUCCCGAUAUACUAAUUAUUGUAUUUCUUCACACUUGAAGUACCUUUCGAUCUAAUUAUUCGUACUUUUCUGAUGAUUAAAUAGCAUAGGUUUAAGCACUACCAGUCUUUCAGGCAUCGUUAACGAAUAUCGAUCAGGAUUGCUAUUUACACCAACUGGUAGUUGAUAACACACCAAAAACAGUAGAUUACUGGGCAGUUUUUAGAGAAAUCAAUCGAGUAAUUUGAAAAAAAAAUAUGGAAAACUGCGGCGAAUUUUGCCGAGCAAUUGUGGAAAUGCAUUUCAUCUGCCGUUUGUAUCUUUUAAUCCUUAAUUUUUUGAUAGUUCAUAAGGGUUGAAAAGUACAUCGACUUUUAAUUGAAACAGCUCAUUCCACCUUCCCAUCUUUGUCGACUAGGAAAAACGAUCAUAAAAUAAAAGAAAAUAAAAUACGCUUAGGCAUUGUUUUAGUAAAUGGAUCUAUAAAAUAACUGUAACCUUAAAAACCAUCAGCGUUUAGUGAUGUAUCGAGAACAUUCGAUCCAUCCAACUGGAUUCGGAGAAAUCGAUCUUUGCAAACAAGAAAGUCUUUAUCUCUUCAACACUAUUCAACUUUUCACCGCAACAACCAAUCUUGGAAUCAAAUAAGUAAACUAAACAAACACUCAACAAUAGUAAUAACAUGCGAAGCAGUACACAGAAUCAAACAGUUUAUCGUACACACAGUGGAAGAAAGACAUCAUGUAAACGCCAGUGUCUUACAUAUUUUAUUACAUUUUCAAAUAA